UAAAAAAAUAUUAGGUUCAAAUGGUUGCAGCGGUUCCGGAGGAGGAUAAGGGACAUUCGUGGAAGGACCUUGAGGUCGAGGAAGGGGUAAUCGUGGAAAGGAAAUUCCCUCCCGCCAACCCGGAUACUAAGAGGCAGAUGGAGUAUCUUCAAAAAAUAUUAGGUUCAAAUGUGUACGAUGUGGCUAUUGAAACCCCAUUGCAGCUUGCUCCCCUCUUGUCUACUCGAAUGGGGGUCAAUCUGUGGGUCAAGAGGGAGGAUGCACAGCAGGUGUUCUCAUUCAAGAUUCGAGGAGCGUAUAAUAUGAUUUCCCUACUCCCCAAACAAAAAUUGAAAAAGGGGGUUAUCUGUGCGUCCGCUGGGAAUCAUGCCCAGGGAGUUGCAUUAGCUGGUCAGCGAUUGAAAACUGAAGCCCACAUUGUUAUGCCAACAACUACUCCUCAAAUUAAGAUAGAUGCAGUUGAGGACUUGGGUGGAAUUGUCGAUCUGUUUGGCAAUGAUUUUAAUGAAGCGCAAGAAAGAGCUCAAGAGCGGAGCAAAGAGGAAGACCUCACAAUCAUACCUCCUUUUGAUGACGAAGAUGUUAUAGCAGGCCAAGGUACAAUUGGGAUGGAAAUUGGGCGUCAAAUAAGGGGCAAAAUCCAUGCUAUUUUUGUUCCUGUUGGGGGUGGUGGCCUCGCUGCUGGUAUUGUCUCUUUUUACAAGCUGGUUUAUCCUGAUGUAAAGGUAUAUGGGGUGGAACCAAAUGAUCACAACUCCAUGGCGCUGGCAUUGCAUCUUGGGAAGGUAGUGUUUGUGGGCGAUAUUGGAAAUUUUGCAGAUGGAGUAGCUGUUAGACAAGUGGGGAACGAGACUUUUCGAAUCUGCAAUGAACUCCUGGAUGGUGUAAUUCUUGUUAAAAAAGAAUCAAUAGCUUCCGCUUUGAAGGACAUGUUUAACGACGGCAGGAACAUCUUAGAACCUUCCGGUGCUCUUUCCAUUGCUGGAGCCGUGGCCUACUGCAGGUAUCAUGGUAUUAGGAGAGAAAAUGUUGUGGCUGUUACUAGUGGUGCAAAUAUGAACUUUGACCAAUUGGGUCAUAUUGCCGAUCUUGCCAAUUCUGAUCAGUCUAUUUUGGCAAGUUGGUUGCCAGAGUGCCCAAAAAGCUUAGGAAGACUUACCGACGUGGUCACCCGAAUGGAUUUCAGCAUUACAGAAAUGACUUAUAGAUUUAGCUCUGGCUCAGUAGACGCUCUGCUUGUUUAUAAAGUUAGAGCAGUCAAGGAAGACCUUAAAAUUGACACUUUGGUGGCAGAGUUGAUUUCUUGUGGGUUUAAAACUUACACUUUAUCAGAUAAUGAAGUUGUUAGAAACCAUCUCCGUUUCAUGGUGGGAGGCAGACAAAACGUUGAAAACGAAACUCUCUUCCGUUUUACUUUCCCAGAAAAGGCAGGUGCUCUCAACCACUUCCUCCAAGGCUUCCAACCCAACUGGAACAUUUCUUUGUUGCACCAUCGUGAUCAGGGUAUUAUUACUUCAGAAGUGUUAAUUGGAAUCCAGCUUGAGAAAUCAGAGGAGAAAAAGUUUGAUGAGUAUGCGAAGGAAGUUGGGUAUCAAUAUGAGGCAAUAUCUCCAGAUGAUUCUGCCCAUGUUCUUGCAAAACUCUAGAUCCAUCACAGCCCUUGCUGUUCAUUUCACUUAAUCCAUCAAGAAUCAUUCGCUUGAACCUGGGAAUAAAUUAGUUUCAUAGCUCUAAAUAAGAUGAUGAUGGCGAUCAGUGAAAUGAAGUUGGCUGUAUUUGUAUUCAACUAUCUAUGUAUGUCUUAUAAUAAAAGUAUUGCAAUUGGUUCCCAAACCAAUUGCUUUCGUGUCUAAA